ACAAACUAUAGGUAUACCCUUCUUCUUCUUCAUGCAUUUCCAUGAAAGACCUCUCCUUCUUCCUUCUCAAGAACUCCUUGGGAGCAAAGAUGAAGAAAGGCUUCAGAAGUACCUUUUGCAACGAUGAUGGCUCGACCUCAACUCUUGACCAGAAAACCACGAUGUUCUCUCCUUACUCCGAUCCUCAUCAUCACCAUCACAAUCACCACCAAAACCCUAAUACCACCUCCGAGAGAAGCCCUCCGACGAAGACGCUAGAGGAUAUGCUCUUGAAGUUAGAACUAGAGGAAGAGAACGCGAGAAAGGCGAAGCUCAAGGACUAUAAUAAUAUCGGAAUGUCAAUGCGCGGUAGGAUGUCGUGUGUCAACAACUCCGACAUACUAAUGUCCGCUCGGAACGCUCUGAAUCAGUACCCUCGCUUCUCCCUCGACGGCAAGGAUGCCAUGUACCGGUCCUCCUUUCGAAACAGUAAUAGUACUACCGAGGGAAGGCGGUCCAUUUGCUGCGAGUAUGGCCUGAGGCGGCGGAGAGUAUUGGACAGCGAGUGUUCGUGCCUGCCCUCGACGUUGGCAGGGGAGAGCGUGGUGUGGUGCAAGCCGGGAGUGGUGGCGAAGUUGAUGGGGCUGGAGGCGGUGCCGGUGCCGGUGAAUGGAAGGGAGAAGAAGCUAGUGAAAGCGACAAUAUUGAAAAGGCGGAAUUUGAGAAAGAGAGCUGAGAGGCAUGAGCUGGAGAGAAGACUAGUCACGGAUAGUAUGAAUCAUACCAAUAGUAAUGGCAAUGAUAUUGAUUGUGGAAUGUUUAUAGAUAGAGAGAGGGUUUUAGCCUCGUCCAGUAGGACUUCUAAUAAAACUGCGCCUAGAGAUUACUGUGUGGUCAAUCCGGCUGCAGUGGCAAUGCAGCAUGGAGAUGUGCGCAGAAGAGAUGGCGGCGGCGGAGGCGGCGGAUGGCCGACUCAGCGCUUCCUUUAACUAACACUGCCACUUACUGCUCAAGAUCUCAACCUACCAUUUACCACUGCUCCAGCUGUCCGGGAAAUUAUGGAGUAUAGUUCUUCAAAAUUAAUGUUGAAUUAAUACUAAUUAUAUCACG